AUGGCGUCACGGAUCGAGGACUUGAAUUUCGCGACACGUCGUCAGAACCAUACGUUAUACUCGGUUCAAGCACUCCAGGCUUGCUCUCGUGAGAUAAACAGCAUCAUCACUCGCAUCUCCGAAAGUUAUCAAAGCAUCCUCGACCAUGAGGAAAGCUUCGCAGUGUACAAGAACAACACAUCCCAUGCUUCUAGAAUCGAAGAAGAUUUCAGAACAAGAUUGUUCGACGGCCGCAAACCGUCUGUCACUGUCACCAAUAACCGGACUGUCGAUAGUCGAACCACAGCAGAUGUUACUUGGCUUGACCUCAUUUGGGGAGUGCCGCCGGAACAGUUUGUGCGUCAGGAUGAUGGAGCCUUUUGUUGCCGCUUCAGAGGCCAGACGGUGACGAUUCUGGAAUGUGACCUCGCCAGAUUACAAUUUUCACCGCGACAUCCUCUAGGCGGCCCGACCAAAGUCGUCAAGGAAGAUGCUAUGGCAGAGCAUGAGACACUUUUAGAGAUGCGGGCUGCCAUGAAGCAAAUAGAUGAAUGUUAUCAAAACCUCAAGUGUUCUGAAGCUGGGAUGGAUGCGCGCUUCAAAAUGUUCGCUGAAUAUCUGGGCCUCCCUAUAGAGACUCCCAGGACUUCCAAUGCCCAACUGUCGGAUGCUUCUCGAGAUGCCUCGCCUGCGAACUCGAUAUCGGUUGACCCGGAAGGGGAUAUUCCAUACAUGGCAACUCAUCAACUCAAUCUGCGUGUUAGGCAAGCCCCAAGGCGAGACGAGACCCCCAAUACUACCGCUGAAGGAUCUCAAGGGCCUGACACAUCUCACGCCCAGAGAUCACUGGAUGCAAUGCCUCGUGAUGCCGAUAUCGAGAUGACGAACACCGACUCCUUAUGGACAUCUUCGCUUCCCAAUAACAGGCCGCUUGCCCCAACAGAGUACUCAGCCACCGAUUUCUCUGCAUCCUCGGUGUUUGACGGAUCGUACAUUGUGCCUAAACUGGAAUAUCCGGAGGAGAACAUGGAUAUUCAGUCUUCAUUCUUGGGCCUGCCUUCCGACUCCAACAACAUCCAACCUCAGAGUGAAGACAUUGCGGGACAUGCUGGUCAUAUCAUUGUUUCCAAGAAAGGGAUGAGCGUGAACCACACCCCACAGGAGUUCGCGGAAGCGAGCUACUUCAUAAAAGCCCUCAAACUAAAGGGAAUGUCCUGGUCACAGAUUUCCGAAGAGUACGCUAAGUAUUUUGGAGUUCGCCGCAGUCCGGCAGCUUUAGCAAAUCCUCAGAUACACUGGCGCAAUUUACAACGGGACCAACUGUUAGUGCUAAAAAUCCGUGCCCGGGCGGCCUCGCGAGAUCCCAUCAACCGAUACUCGCUCGGAUUUGCCUCUCCAGUCUGA